AUGAGUAAGAAACAACCAAAUAAACAACAUGCAAUCAGUAAUACUGUUACAGAAGCAAUAGAUUUUAUUUAUCAGCGCUUACGUGCUGACAUUUUUCGUCUUGGUUCCGUUACACCAUCUACUUCACAUAUAUUUUUCGUUUUUGGUGCAUCCGGUGAUUUAGCUAAAAAGAAAAUUUAUCCAACACUUUGGUGGUUGUAUCGUGAUGGACUUUUACCAGAACAUAUUCGUUUUAUUGGCUAUGCUCGUAGUCAAAUAACAAUUGAAAAAAUCUUUGAAAAUGCUGCUAAAUAUAUGAAAGUUCAGGAAGAUGAACGUGAAAUGUAUGAAAAAUUUGUCCAAAUAAAUUCUUAUAUUGCUGGUUCAUAUGAUAAUGGAAAAGAUUUUGAAAAAUUGAAUGCUGAAGCUAAUAAAUUAACAAAACAACAAAGUGCACAUCGAAUUUUUUAUUUAGCAUUACCACCAAGCAUAUAUGAAAGUGUUACUGAAUUGAUUAGUGAACAUUGUCGACCAGAAUCACCAGGUUGGUUACGUUUAAUUGUUGAAAAACCAUUUGGUAAAAAUCUUGAAAGUUCAAAUAAAUUAUCUUUACAUUUAAGUAAAUUCUUUACUGAAGAAGAAAUUUAUCGAAUUGAUCAUUAUUUGGGAAAAGAAAUGGUACAAAAUAUAAUGGUACUUAGAUUUGCAAAUCAAAUUUUAUCAAGAGUUUGGAAUAGAGAUUCUAUUGCUGCAAUUGUUAUUGUUUUUAAAGAAGAUAUUGGAACACAAGGAAGAGGUGGUUAUUUCGAUGAAUUCGGAAUUAUUCGAGAUGUUAUACAAAAUCACUUAAUGCAAAUUUUAUCAAUUAUUGCCAUGGAGAAACCACGAUCUACCAAAGGUGAAGAUGUUCGUGAUGAAAAAGUAAAACUAUUACGCUCUGUAGCGCCAAUAAAAAUUGAAGAUGUUGUCAUUGGACAAUAUGUUGGUAAUAAAGAUUCAACAGAUGUUGAACAUCAACAAGGUUAUUUAGAUGAUGAAGGCGUACCAAAAGAUUCGACAACACCUACAUAUGCACAAGUUGUUCUCUCGAUUAAUAGUGAACGUUGGGCUGGUGUACCGUUUAUUCUUCGUGCAGGUAAAGCAUUAAAUCAAAAAAAAGCUGAAGUACGUAUUCAGUUUCAUGAUGCACCCGGUAGAAUGUUUGAUAAAGAUAUUUCUCCAAAUGACUCAAAUGAUAUAUUAGCUCGUGAUGAACUUGUUAUACGUGUUCAACCAAAUGAAGCUAUUUAUCUUAAAGUAAAUACAAAACGACCUGGUGAAAUGGGUUUUAGUAUUGAAGAAACUGAAUUAGAUUUAACAUAUGGUAAACGUUAUGAAGAUGUCCAAUUACCUGAUGCAUAUGAACGUUUAAUUCUUGAUGUAUUUAUGGGCUCAAAAAUAAAUUUUGUACGUUCAGAUGAAUUACAAGAAGCAUGGCGUAUUCUGGAUCCCAUACUUGCUGAAAUUGACAAGAAAAAACUACCAGUUAUUCCAUAUAAAUUUGGUAGUGUUGGAAUACGACAAGCAUUUGAUGUUGCAACAAAACACGGUUAUGUUUUUCGAGGUACAUACGUUUGGAAAGAUGAACGAUCUGCAUCAGCAACAAAUAAAGAAGAGACAAAAACUGACAAUAAGGAAUGA